AUGCUUUCCCCCGGUGACGUGGUGUUCUAUUCACGUGGCACUUCUGAAUUUUGUGAUGCCGUCGAACAAGUCGUCGCGAACAACACAUUGUUCCACGUGGCACUGGUUUCAGUGACCGGGACGGUGAUAGAAGCCACGACAGAUGGCGUCAAAGAGUCCACUCUUCAAGAGAGUAUUCUGGAGAAUGAGCCUGGUGUCGUGGAGAUUCUGAAGUUAGACGAUGAGAUUCCGGAGAUUGAGAUUCUGAAGGCUGCCACGUGGUGUCGUUCGAAAAUUGGAUUGCCUUAUAAUGACUUGUUCUCUGCGGAUUUAAUGAAUUCUGAGGGAAAGGAGUCGUAUUACUGUAGCCAGCUAAUCACAGAAGCGUUCCGUGGCGUUGAGAUGCAUUGGCCAAAACAUACUCUGAAUUUUUUGGAUUCUGAUGGGAAUCCAAUUGAAUUCUGGACGGAAUAUUAUAAAAAGAGAGGGAAGCGUCAAGUGCCACAAGGCGGGGAAGGCUCUCAUCCGGCUCAAUUGAGAAAGAGUCCAGUGCUAAGGCUAAAAAUGCGAAUCUUGCCGAAUAUGAUGAAUCUCAACACAUUAAAAGACUCGAAACUCCUUGAGUUAUCUUCCCAUUUUGUCGGCGGAAACCACGUGGAAUUUCCAUCGGAUCGCCAAUUUCCAGUUAUUGAGCCGAGAAGUGGGAAAACACUUGCCACGUGGCACUUCGCAACUCGAGAUCAAGUGGAUACUACUGUAAAAACUGCGAAAAGUGCACAAAAGAAAUGGGCGGCCUCGUCGUGGAUGGAAAGGAAUGAGGUGUUGAAGAAGACGGCGGAUUUGCUGAAAACACAUUGUAACGAUAUCGCUUAUUGGGAAUGUGUCAGUAAUGGGAAACCGAUUGCCGAGGCGAAAGCCGAUGUACUUUCUUGUGUCGACACUUUCAAUUUCUACUCGGGAAUCGGUCAUGAUCUUCUCGGCCGUCAUGUUCCCCUCGACGCCUCUCGUUACGCCUACACUCGUCGCCUCCCCGUCGGCGUUGUCGCUGCCAUCGGCGCAUGGAACUACCCGAUUCAAACAUGCACAUGGAAAACUGCUCCAGCGCUCGCUUGUGGCAAUUCGGUGAUCUACAAGCCUAGUCCACUAUCACCUGUUACCGCAUUGAUUCUGGCUGAAAUUCUGAAGUCCGCUGGUCUACCAGAUGGAGUGUUCAAUGUGAUACAAGGAGACGCGGAGACAGCUCAAGACCUGAUUCUACAUGAUGAUGUGUCGAAAGUGUCGUUUACUGGAAGUAUCCCGACGGGAAAGAAAAUAAUGAAAGCGUGUGCGGAGCGAAAUAUCAAACCAGUCACACUCGAGUUAGGCGGCAAAUCCUCAUUCAUAAUAUUCGAAGAUGCAGACGUGGAUUCUGGGGUGUCUUGUGCAAUGAUGGCCAACUUCUAUAGUCAGGGACAAGUUUGCUCGAAUGCAUCGAAAGUGUUGGUGCAUAGAAGUGUGUUGAAAGAGUUCACCGAGAAGUUGGUCAAGUUGACGAAGACGAUGAAAGUGGGGGAUCCAUUGCAGGAGGAUACUAAAGUUGGAGCACAUAUUUCAGCGGAGCACCGGAAUAAAGUCGAAGGAUAUAUAAGUUCCGCCACAGCCGAAGGAGCCACCAAGAUAUUCGGUGGAGAUCGUGUGACUGCUCAUGGACUCGAAGGUGGCUACUAUCUGUCUCCUUGUAUUCUCACUGACAUCACACCAAAGAUGACAGUCUAUCGAGAAGAAAUAUUCGGUGCCGUUUUGCUAAUUAUUCCAUUCGAAACUGAGGAAGAGGCUGUCAGAAUAGCGAAUGAUACGAAUAUGGGAUUGGCUGCUGGCUUGGUGACAAAAGAUUUGGCAAGAUCGUAUCGAGUGUCGGAACAGCUCAAUGCUGGAAAUGUGUAUGUUAAUACAUAUAAUGAUGUUUCGCCACUCGUCCCAUUCGGUGGUGUCGGUGAGUCAGGAUUCGGUCGUGAAAAUGGAAUCGCCGUGCUGGAACACUACACUCAUCUCAAAUCAGUCUUUGUGAACACUGGCUCCUGUCCUAACCCGUUCUAA